GCGACGGUGGUCUGUGAUCAUUACCGGCGGGGAGAUUUUUUCGAGGAUGAUCGGGCGACGUGCUGGAACGAAUCGAGUCGGUAUGAGAAGAGAUGACUCUCUUCUGACUCGGUUUGUUGACUCAGUAUUCUAUUUCUUCCGAUUGGCUGAGUUUGAGAUCCUGUUUGUGCUCUUCAUGCUUAUAACCUACAUCAUCUUCAAAGAUCUGACGUCGAGGCCGGAGUAUAAUCGGAUUCUUGUUGAGAAACCCGGUGGAUCUGACAUCUGGCCGUUCUGAAUGAUGAAAGAAUUUGUUUUGAAUGGUUAGUUCUUGGUCUCUGAUUUGGGUGCAGCUCAUGUUUCUGUAGGACGUGUGUGCUUGUAGACGGCUAUGAACACUUAUCUUUCUUUUCUUGUACAUUUCAGUUUGUUCAAUAGGUCAAUGUGAUUCUCCUUCGUUUGUGUUUUGAGUAAUAAAGCGUUCGUGUUCGA